GUACUAAACAGUUCUGCAUACACUUCUAGUGCAAUGUUUGAAACUAAGCGUCCCUGCCAGCUGUGGUAUGCAUGCAGGCAGGGAUAGUAAGAAACAAAUUGAUUUGUGCAGGGGGAACGACCAAUCAGCACUGCAACAGCUGAUUCGUAACUGAUCCUGCAAAGUCAGUUUGGACCAACAAGUAGUUUACACUUAAGGGUUUAGGCUUAAAGAAAAAUCCAAGUCUAUGUCUAAAGACCUAGGAAUUCAAACAUGACAAGCCAAUAGGAGGCUUCCUUUUAAUAGUAACAAAAAAAACUGAAUAGCUAAGAAUCAAGACUGAGGGGGGAAAAAACCUUGCUCGAGUUAUUAUAAAUUAGUAAAAUAAGUGUUGUUUAAGUGACAGAGGAGCAACAGAAAACAAGGGUCUUUAUUCUGGUGUCCUUGUUUUUAAAUUGAGCUUCUUCACAUUAAGGAGAGACAGGCUCGGGAAAAACCACACAGGUCCCACAGUACCUCUACGAAGCAGGCAUUGGUCGGCAGGGCAUCAUUGCGGUCACUCAGCCUCGGCGUGUGGCUGCUAUCUCGCUGGCGGGACGAGUGGCUGAGGAAAAGAGAACUCAUCUUGGAAAACUGGUGGGCUACACGGUACGAUUCGAGGACGUGACAUCCCUGGAAACCAAGCUGAAGUUCAUGACUGAUGGCAUGCUGCUGAGAGAGGCGAUCGGAGACCCCCUGCUUUUGCGCUACACGGUUGUGAUCCUGGAUGAAGCUCACGAGCGAACCGUCCACACUGAUGUCCUCUUUGGCGUGGUCAAGAUUGCUCAGCGCAAACGCAAAGAGCAGAGUAAGAUCCCUCUGAAGGUCAUCGUGAUGUCCGCCACCAUGGACGUGGAUCUGUUCUCUCAGUAUUUUAAUAAGGCUCCUGUGUUGUACCUGGAGGGUCGGCAGCACCCGAUUCAGAUCUAUUAUACCAAGCAGCCGCAGUCUGAUUACUUACAUGCAGCGCUGGUGUCUAUCUUUCAGAUUCACCAGGAAGCUCCUCUGUCCCAUGACAUCCUGGUGUUCAUGACUGGGCAGGAGGAGAUUGAAGCGCUGGCUCGUACGUGUCGAGACAUUGCUAAACACCUGCCUGAAACCUGCGGGCCCAUGAUUGUGAUCCCGCUGUACGCAUCACUUCCUCCUGCCCAGCAACUCAGGGUCUUUCAUCCUACACCUAAGGGUUGCCGAAAGGUCAUCCUGUCAACCAACAUCGCCGAGACAUCCAUAACUAUUUCUGGAAUUAAAUACGUCAUUGAUACAGGAAUGGUGAAGGCAAAGCGGUAUAACCCAGACAGCGGUCUGGAGGUGUUAGCCGUGCAGCGGGUCUCCAAAGCGCAGGCCUGGCAGCGGGCAGGCAGGGCAGGGAGAGAGGACUCCGGCUCCUGUUACCGCCUCUACACUGAAGAUGAGUUUGACAACCUCGCAAACAUGACCGUACCUGAAAUACAACGAUGUAAUCUGGCUGGUGUCAUACUCCAGCUGUUGGCUCUGGGUAUUCCCGAUGUCCUCAAAUUUGACUUCAUGUCCAAGCCAUCACCUGAGUCGAUGCGGAUGGCCGUGGAGCAGCUGGAUCUCCUCGGAGCUGUGGAGAGGAAGGAUGAUCAUGUUUUCCUCACUACUCUGGGCAAGAAGAUGGCCUGCUUUCCCCUGGAACCUCGAUUUGCUAAAACCAUCCUGAUUUCUCCAGACUUUUCCUGUACUGAGGAGAUUCUGACCAUCGUGUCUCUGCUCUCCGUGGACUCCGUGCUCUACAACCCUCCUGCCCGUCGAGACGAGGUGCUUGCCGUGCGCAAAAAAUUCAUCUCCAGCGAAGGAGACCACGUGACCCUGUUGAACAUCUACAGGGCCUUCAAGAAAGUUAGCGGAAAUAAGGAGUGGUGUAGGGAGAACUUUGUAAACAGCAGAAACAUGGGACUGGUUGCUGAAGUCCGAGCUCAGCUGAGGGACAUUUGCCUUAAGCUUGGACUGAAGCUAGAAUCCUCGCUGUCCGAACUGGCUAACGUGCGGCGCUGCCUGGCACACGGCAUGUUCGCCAAUGCCGCUGAGCUACAGCCAGACGGCACCUAUAUGGCUCUGGACACCCACCAGACUGUCGCCAUCCACCCGUCCUCCGUCCUUUUCCAGGCCAAGCCGGCCUACGUGGUGUUCAACGAGCUCCUGCAUACGUCGCGCUGCUACAUGCGGGACCUGUGCCUGGUGGACGCCGACUGGCUACAGGAAACUGCGCCGGAGUAUUUCCGGCGUAAACUCCACACAGUGAAGAGCUAGUAAAACUCCGGGGUGCUUUCUCAAGUUUAACAGCAGAUGGCAUGAACAUCCUGACUAUGUUGGAAUCUAUAGAGUAGUAGGUCAGCUUGACUGGGCUUGAAGAUGCUUCGCUGUUCAUCCGAGAAGCUUUGUAUUUAUUUUGUUCUGCUGAUGUUAUAAGUGAGGACAUUGGACCGGAUGUUUGGGGGGUUUGACGAUUUGUCCAAGAUAUCAGAAAUCCUGAUUCAUUCAGCUACAUGAUGACCGGCGAGUCGGUCACCUUCCACUUGUUUUCUCCUCUAAAGCCCAACCGUUGGACGACGGAUAAGGCAACGCUGAACGUACUUCUCUUUAUAGAGCAGAAAACAUGGAGUUUUCCUAAAAAAAAAAAAAAAAAAAAAAAUAGUUUUGCUGUUCUUUGUACAAAUGAUGCAUUUUGCACACCACCCUCCAAUAACUUUUGACUAAUUUGUGGCUUCUCCAGUGGUUUGAUACUGGAAGCUUUUUUUUCUACUUGCCUGUUUCUACAACCAGUUUAGUCGGAUGCAUAAUAGUUGAGCUUACUUUAAGAAUUACGAAUGCUUGCAUGUUUCCUUUAACGACAUCGCGGCCUCGGCUCGUGACGUGCCUCCUGAGCGGCAGUACUGUUUCUGAAACUAGUUUGCUGACCCGUAUGUUCAUGAGCAGAGGCCCACAUGUUGACUUGGUGUUUAACCACGGCCUUAAUUCCAUGUCUCGUAUUACAUCUCGACGCCCAGUUUCAGACCAUUUUAAACUUUUGUUUUUAUACUGAAUCUGUUAUACGGCCAUUUAUCAUCAAUGGGGUGUGAAACACCUCCGGAUCUUUUUAGACGAUCAACGGCUAACACCUGGUUUAUGUCUAAUGAAAAAUUUAAUUUCAGGACGCAGUUGCUUUGUACACUUUAUAGAAUAUGACCGUGUCCGUAUGCAUACGUUGGUAGUUUUUAAAGGAAAGAAAUGAUGGAUGAGAAAAUCAGUGUUCUACUAGGGGUGUAAAGAUCAGGCUUCCACAUGAUACAGUUUAGGUUUAUAGGGCAAUGAUUUGACUGCAUCUGCUAGAAUACGAUUUGUUACAUCGAUUUAAUUUCGUCCGAUCGAUACGUAUGUUUAAAACGUAAUCAUUUUAUGAUCGUUGCAUUGAUUUUAUUUCAACAUUGCAUUGUAAGUCGAUAAAUUGUCCACACUUAUGUGAAUCGGUUUGGAUGGAUUUGGCGGAAGCGGUUUUGUAACUAAAAAAAAAUCCAAAGACUUGUAUGCUCUAGCUUUCAGAAAGUCAGAGCGCUGAAACCUUUCUCAAGACCACAUCCUUUGUUUCAGCCCCUUUUCCCACUCAAAAGCCUCAUAAAAUUGCAAUCAUCUGCUCAGCAUAGUGUUGUAGUGCCAAAGAGACCAGAGUUUCUCCUUGAAGCAGAUUUUAUUCUUGCUGUCAACUUUGUUCUCUCGAUCUGAGCAUCACUCUUGCUAAGCUAUGCAUGCCUUUGUAUAUAAUUUGUAUAUCAUUUAAGUUCUAUCUUGGCACGAUAUACCUGCUACAGAUUGUUACACAUUACAAGUGCUUUCUCGGUCGAUAUGCUAUGCAUGAUGUAAUAUUAACACAGAAUAAGUCCACUCAGGUUUCUCUGGAAUGCUGAAUAUACCUCAGAUAUAUAUUUAGUGUGUGUGUAUAUAUAUAAUAUAUAGUUAUGAAAACAUUAAAAGAUUUUGUUUAUUGUG